AUGACAAUGAGUUUCAAGUGGCCGUGGCAGUACCGCUUCCCGCCCUUCUUUACGUUACAGCUGAACGUGGACACUCAGCAGAAGCAGCUGGCCGCCUGGUGCUCUCUGGUUCUGUCCUUCUGCCACUUGCACAAACAGUCCAGCAUGAUGGUGAUGGAAGCCCAGGAGAGCCCGCUCUUCAACGUCAAGCUACAGCGAAAACUUCCUGUGGAGUCAAUCCAGAUUGUAUUAGAGGAGCUAAGAAAGAAAGGGAACCUCGAGUGGUUGUAUAAGAAUAAGACUAGCUUCCUGAUCAUGUGGCGGAGGCCAGAAGAACGGGGGAAACUCAUUUAUCAAUGGGUUUCCAGGAGCGGCCAGAACAACUCUGUGUUUACGCUGUAUGAACUGACCAGUGGGGAAGACACAGAGGACGAAGAGUUCCAUGGGCAGGGUGAGGCAACCCUACUUCGUGCUCUGCAGGCCCUACAGCAGGAGCACAAGGCAGAGAUUAUCACUAUCAGUGAUGGCCGAGGAGUGAAGUUCUUCUAG